AUGAGCGGCGUACAGUACACUUUUGAUAUCGUCGCAGCGGCCAAGAACACCGCCCUGCUUGGUCAAGCCGUCCUCGGCUUGAGCAAAAUCAUGCGGUAUUGUUACCGUGAAGGCGUUGAUCCCCUCACAGCCGCUUCCCUCGAACGACUCGGAGGUUGGCUCAUGGUUGAUGCCGACCGUCUCCGAGAAGGCGAGCGGAUCCUCGAGAGUGUUCCCGCACCCAAGGUCUGGCGUUUGGGCCCACUCACGCUUUUGGUUGGAGUGGACAACGACCCUACCGGCAGUCUGAUCAGAGAAAUUCGCCAGAACUCCCGGUUGAUUGCCACCUUUCUCCUCGUUGGCGGGUGCACGGUGUUCUUGGAUGCCGGCCAGACCACAGAGUUUGUCUACGAGCUGAUGCGCCAGAGCGGUGUUCUCAAGGAUUAUGCAACACCCAGCAAUCAAGUUCGAGGAUUCGUGGAGAUUCUCAGUGGUUGCCACGAGUAUGCAAAGAAAAGUGCCACCGACGUUUUCAACGAUGUAAUCGCCGAGGUAUGUCGGCUUGUUGCCGGCCCAAACCGGCAGCGCUCUAUAGCGAGCCUGAACCACAGGGGAAACCUCCAGAAGCUUGCUGCAGUGUUCCAUGAAGUAGUUACGAAACUUCAGGAUGCUGAAGUCGAGCUCGUUUUGCUCCGGGGCAGCCGGCAAGGAAUAUGGCUGGCAUUCCUGUUCAUUUGGCUGCGGCCUGCGGAUGUUGAAGUCUUCUUGAGGACAGAUCGCGUCUUUCCCACAUCAGAUCAAGAAGAUUCCAAUGCACCCGGGCAAAAGAGGCUGAUGAUUCGCUUCGAGGAUGAGACCGAAUCGUGGCAUGUUGAAGUGUGGAGGGCGGCACGCGGCCCGCUUCCAGUUGUCCGUUUCGAGGUUACCAACCGCCAUAAGACGGAUCUCUAUGCCCAGCAUUCAUCACCGCUCAAAUCUGCGAGAAACAUGCUCAUUCUAAAUGGGCUCUCAGUGGCGACAGUUGAUGCGAUUGGCCACCUCGCCGGCGCCAUUGUCGCAUUCGCGACGGAAUCGGGUCGUUUGUCCCACGGACACGAGUCACGAAAGCUAACGGAGCUGUGUUCUCAUUACUUUCUGGAGAAAUACAACACAAUUAUGAAUCGCUUCGGGUGGGACCUUUUCCUCGACGCGGGCCGUCAGGACAAGAUAAAACAGGCAUUGAUGAGUAGCCAGUCUGCUUUUCAUGCCUCCACAGAUACCGGCAUCCGCGGUCUAGAGAAUUGGAUUGACCGGGCUUGCGCAGUCUACAUGGAGGAGCACAGGAUGAAUAUGCUGCUUUCCCCAGAUGAGAUCAAGCAAGGGGGUAAAGUCGAAGGCAUUGUCAUUGAGCAUGCCAUUCACCUUGCUGGGCAAGCACUAAUGUUCUCAAUGUGUGCUGAGAUACCAAUGAAUGCUCUCUUCCAGCCAGCAGAACCUAAGGGUAUUGAGAAACACGCCCAUUUCAUAUGCUCCCUGGUCACUGCCGGCGAGGCUUCUGGGAAGGAUCCCGCUUCGCGAGGGUAUGAUUUUACGACGUUCAGGACAAACACCCUCGAAACUUUGGUUCCUACCUCCGCAGUCAUCGGCCCGGGGGAUCUGGCUCUUGCUAGUGACGGAUAUGUGGUAUACUCCGGAGUGGUCCAGAAUUUGGACACCGACGGCAGAGGAUUGACAGAUAUACGGAGCAUCCUAGCUUUCCAUCUCGCACCGGGGCCUCUGAAAAUCCGCAAUUCUGAGGGGGUGGUGUGCAGACUCACUGAGGAUACCCAUUUUACGGCUCUAGCCUCACGUACGAUCGACGUUCGUCCCAGCAUUAUUACUCUCUACCAAGCCGACAAAUGCUGCCUCGAUGAACGGGACGCAAACAAUCGCUUUGGCUUCGAAAUUAUACACCUCUGGAGGUCCGACAAUGCCUUGGGACCUCAAACGAUACACGUGAGAACAUACAUCAAGUCAAAAACCAACCAAGGUCUUAUCCAAUAUCCUGGCGCUGGCGAGCAGAAUAUUCCCACCAACUGGGAGCUCUCGAUUCGGACUCUGGCCUUUGCCAACCAUAUUAUCAGCGGCUACUCUAGUCCCACGCAGCUCAAGCUGCUUGCCGGCGAGUGGGAGCGCAAGGGGUAUCUGGGGGGAAAGUUGCAGUGGUGCCCCGUGGGCAUGCUGGAUAGGGUCGGUGUACGAUAUGUGACCGUGACAAGCAACGACGAGCGGCUGCGGUUCUUCGAGGCAGGCAACCUCGGGGAGAAGCGAAAGGUCUUUGUUCGCCAUCGGUCUACUUCGCUGUUCGAGUGUAUCAAGCAGGCUAUGGAAAUCUGCGGCGACGAUCCAAACUGGGUAAUCAUAUCGUAA